UCAGAUACACGGUGAUGGUGGAGUGCUGGCACCCGAAGCCGGAGCGCCGCCCCUCCUUCUCGGACCUCGUGGCCCGGAUCUCCUCCAUCUCCUCCAGCUUCAGCGGCGAGCACUACGUCCUGCUCAACACCACCUACGUCAACAUCGAGAAGAUGAGCCCUUACCCCUCGCUCCUCUCCUCCUCCCCGUCCUCCUCCUGCACCACCAACACCAACGUCUCCUACUCCUCUUCCUCCUCCGACCCUUCCACUUCCACUUCCCUGCCCACACAAUCCCAGUUCUUCUGCCGCGUGGAGCGGGAGUGCUGCACCUGAGAGAGGGAAACUGGGCGGGAAAAGACUCAGAAAGUGAGAGGAAAACGCAAAGGGUGAUGAAGAACUACUGUAUGUACUUGCCAAACACUGUAUGCUGAGGAAAAACACUCAAAGAAACAUAAUCGACUGAAAUGUGACUUUUUGGAACAUCGCCAUAAGACUGAAGUCCUCUGGAUGGACUUUUCUGACCUCUCAUGACCCCGAGGAUCACGAGGUUAGACUUCCUGCGUUUUUAACAAGACAAUUAGACACAGGAAGUCCUCAAAACGUCACUAUCACGAAACACCCAAAAACUCUUAUUGGGAGGAUGGAUUUCCUGCUCCUCUGUGGGUGGCAUCAUGUGCUCCGAUACGAGGACUCUUUCCGCCGUCUGUAAUGUGAAUGUUUGACGAAUGGCCGUGUAUAGAAAAUGUCACACCUCCUCAAAAAGGCCUCAUUUGAUGGAUUGCGACGCCUCGGGUGUGUAACUGUGGAAGUCAAUGAUGGCGAGGGAAGUGUAGGUGUAUGAAAACCAUCUCUCCUGCCUGUGUGCAGUUCACUGGAUGCUUUGUUUCUGUAAUUACAGUACUUUUGGACCAUUAGCUUUUACGUGCUUGCAGAAGAAAACUCUCGGUGACUCACCUGUGUGAAAUCCCCAGGUGUUUCCAAAGAAAAGGGUCCGAACGCUAAACCCUUUUAUUGUCCGCUUUAUUUUCCUUUUCUCGAACCCUGAAACAUGUCAAAACAACAUCUCUGACAACAUGCACACACCUGAUGCUUUGAGCUUUUCUUUUUAGGGAGGAGGACGAGUGAGAACUGUGUCCUGGGGUCACUGUGUGUCCACUUUCAGGAUUUAAGGACAGGUAAAUGUCUGGUAAAAAAAGGAACUUAGACACAUUUGUUUUCCUGUACUAGACACUUAAAAGGUCAUGUCAAUGUUUCGGUGAUUUGGAUAUUGGACAACACUGUCAAAUACUUAAUUGUUUCCUAAAGAUUUGACUUCCCAAAAUGUCUCUUUAUUAGUCUCUCUGUCAUCUGGCUUCAAGGGUGUUGUUAUGUUAACUUUCUGUUCAUUAUGAAGAAAUAUUUUAAUGUUAAAAGGCUGUAACAGUGUGUUUGCAAAUCUUUUAACUACAAAUCAUGUACAAUUUGCACUUAUGUUGACUAUUUUUAAAAGCAUAUUAUACAGGUUUUCUUUCUAAUCCAUGCAGCUAAUGGCUUUUAUUCAUUUCUGCCCAGUAUGAAAAUCACAUUCAGAUUCUUGCUUGAGACAUUAAGGCUGCAGCCACACGAGAAAGGUAACGGUCGUAUCCGCUACAGUUCUCUAUCAUAUAGUUCGGCCACACGA